UGCUUCCCUUCUCCUCCCCUUCGUCCCUCCUCAUGUCCGGCCCCAUCCUUAGGUGUCCUGUCAGAAGAACAGAUCCGCCUGAAGAAACUGAAGCGGCAAGAGGAGGAACAGGCUCAGGCCACAUCCAUGCCCCAGAAGGCGUCCUCACCUCCCCAAGUCCUGCCCCAGCUCAGCCCGGAGCAACUGGGCAUGAUUGAGAAGCUGGUGGCUGCCCAGCAGCAGUGUAACAGACGCUCCUUUUCUGACCGGCUUCGAGUCACGCCUUGGCCCAUGGCCCCAGACCCCCAGAGCCGGGAGGCCCGUCAGCAGCGCUUUGCCCACUUCACCGAGCUGGCCAUAGUCUCUGUGCAGGAGAUCGUUGACUUUGCCAAACAGCUGCCCGGCUUCCUACAGCUCAGCCGGGAGGACCAGAUCGCCCUGCUGAAGACCUCUGCGAUCGAGGUGAUGCUUCUGGAGACAUCUCGGAGGUACAACCCUGAGAGUGAGAGUAUCACCUUCCUCAAGGAUUUCAGUUAUAACCGGGAGGACUUCGCCAAAGCAGGGCUGCAAGUGGAGUUCAUCAACCCCAUCUUCGAGUUCUCCAGAGCCAUGAAUGAGCUGCAACUCAACGAUGCUGAGUUUGCUUUGCUCAUUGCCAUCAGCAUCUUUUCUGCAGACCGACCCAACGUGCAGGACCAGCUCCAGGUGGAGAGGCUGCAGCACACAUAUGUGGAGGCCCUGCAUGCUUACGUCUCCAUCCACCACCCCCAUGACCGGCUGAUGUUCCCACGGAUGCUAAUGAAUGUCUAG